AUGAAAAGCCAGCAUGAACCUGCCGUCUCUGGACUGAGGCACGCAGCCAUAAUCGACCUGAUCCCCAUGUGUCCUUCUCUGAAGUCCCUGCCAAAAACUCUGACACCCCUCUCCACCCCUCCAUACCCCCAUACCAUCACUCACCCCCCCACUCCAUAUAUCACCACAUACUCCUUCAAUCUCACCCCCACCCAUCACCCCAUCACCCCAUCACCCCAUACCCUCACCCCAUCACCCCAUACCUCCACCCCAUACCUCCACCCCAUCACCCCAUACCCUCACCCCAUCACCCUAUACCUCCACCCCAUCACCCCAUACCUCCACCCCAUCACCCCAUACCCUCACCCCAUCACCCCAUACCCUCACCCCAUACCUCCACCCCAUACCCCCACCCCUCACCCCAUACCUCCACCCCAUCACCCCAUACCCCCACCCCAUACCCUCACCCCAUACUCCUUCAAUCUCACCCCAACCCAUCACCCCAUACCUCCACCCCAUCACCCCAUACCUCCACCCCAUACCUCCACCCCAUCACCCCAUACCCUCACCCCAUACCCUCACCCCAUCACCCCAUACCCUCACCCCAUACCUCCACCCCAUACCCCACCCCUCACCCCAUACCUCCACCCCAUCACCCCAUACCCCCACCCCAUACCCUCACCCCAUACUCCUUCAAUCGCACCCCCACCCAUCACCCCAUACCUCCACCCCAUCACCCCAUACCUCCACCCCAUCACCCGAUACCCCCACCCCAUCACCCCAUACCCUCACCCCAUCCCCACCCCUUCACCCCAUACCCCCACCCCAUACCCCCACCCCAUCACCCCAUACCCUCACCCCAUACCUCCACCCCAUCACCCCAUACCCCCACCCCAUCACCCCAUACCCCCACCCCAUACCCUCACCCCAUACCCCCCACCCCAUACCCCCACCCCAUCACCCCAUACCCUCACCCCAUACCCUCACCCCAUCACCCCAUACCCCCAACCCAUCACCCCAUACCCUCACCCCAUACCCCUACCCCAUCACCCCAUACCCCCACCCGAUACCCUCACCCCAUACCCACACCCCAUCACCCCAUAG